AUGUUGGGAGUGGGAAUCAUUUCGACGUUCGCUGUUCUGUCCGCGAUUUGCAGCGGACAGGCCUCGGCUUACCGCCAUGCCGCUUAUGGCAGCCAUUCGUCCACUCACGAGGCAUCAGCCCGUCUGUCGGAUAUUGAUGGUGAUGUGCAUCCGCGUGGUGAUUUCGACGGCACAUAUGAAUUAGGUGAUGUCGAAGAAAGUAAUCCGCGUGGUGAUUUCUCGGUUGAAGAUGAGUAUUCCGACUAUGAUAACUUCCGCGGUGUGGAAUCUAAGGUGAUAGAGAAGGCCGUGUACCCUCCCGGUGGUCACCAAGAGGUGCAUAGCCAGGAGUUUGAGAUGGAUGAUGAUGACCUUGAGCUGCAGCUGUCACCCGAAUCCGCGAAGUUUGAGAGUUUGAAGGUCAAAUCGGAGUGGUAUGAGCCUGGCGUGCGUGGAGGUGCGAUUAAACCAUUAGGUCCGCAGGAAGAAGUUAACCUCAAAAAAAUGAGGAUUGCAAACAUAUAUAAGAAGACGCCCCCACCGACGCACAUCCCCAAGUUGUACGACGAUGACAAGGGUAUAGAGGAUAUGCUUCGGUACGCACCAGUUGCAAACCGCAGGAUUGGCCAAUGCCAGUGGUUGGGUAAGGAUUACGUUGUUGCCUUGGAUGACAGUGCACACCUCCACAACGCAGAGGAGCACAACAAAAUCCGCUCCUUUGUGAAGUUGCUUGCGUAUGCACUUUCCGCAACGAUAGGUACCAACACACUCUCGCUGGUGAGCUACAACAAAACCGCCAGGGAAGUGCUGGGCAGGACCAUCAUUGAUAAGGACAACAUCAGGUCCGUGGGAGAAAAGAUUGACGGCAUGUUUGACUCUAAGAACAGUGCUGACGAGGCUAAUCCUGGGGAGGCUUUGAAGUUCCUGCGUGAGUCAAUAUAUCAGGAUCCUGAAGAAUACCUAGUAAAUGACAAGGAGACCGAGUUGCGUUUUGUCCAUGCGCCAGGAAUUGACACGAUCGUGUUCCUCAUAACCACCGGAGCAGUUGCUGACAAAGAUUUGGCUCGCGAUGAGGCUUUCAACGCACGCCGCAAUGGUGUAACCCUGUUCGUUGUGGAGAUUGGUAAAGAGUCGGAGCGAUUCUGGCCCAGUGCUAUGGGAUGCCGGUACUACUACUCCUGCCCUAAGUAUAUUUCUACGAGUGCGUCGGGAAUAAUGGGUACUAUCGGCCGUGUGAUAAAAGGCGUCUGCCGUCAUGAUGGUAGGGAUGCGGUGUGCCUCGAGGAAUGGUCUGAAUUCUCACCUUGCAGCAAGACGUGCGGUACUGGCGUUCAAACUGCAACCCUUCUGGGUUUCACGGAGUUACUGAGUCCCAGCAAUGGUGAGGGUGAAGGCAGGGGUCGUAGCUGUGAGGACCUAUUGGAGAAUGUGAAGGUGAAGCAGGUGUUGUGUAACACGCAGCGUUGCGACACGGAAACAUCCCCCGAUGCCGCUGUAGGAGGUGUGGCUGAGGGCCUGCCUGAAAACCGCGUAAGCGGCGGUGAGGUUCAUGGCGAGGAGCAUGCCGUAUCCGGUGCUCACAGGACCGAGGAAAUAGCAGUGUCCGAUGGCGGCCAUCAUGUGGAAGACAGAUUGCUGAGUGAAGACUCCCUUGUGUCGAGUGAACCAUCGGUGGUCACUGAGCCGAAGGAAGUCGCAAUUCCAGAAGAAGCGGUAACUCGCGAUACUAAAGGCUUGGGUGAGGAUCUCGAGAGCACGGAGGAGGAGGUGCACGCACGAGCUGAACCUCAGGUUGAUGUGUCCACUAACGAGAGUGACCAUCACAGCCAGUCCACCGUGGGAAGCGUCAGCGAGCACAGUGCCCAUGAAGAGGUGGGAGGCCGCUCCGCAUUGGACUCAUUGAGCGGUGAAGCGGGCCGCGCUCGUACCCAUGGUAGCAGUGUCAGUGAUAGGCAACUGUCUACCGGCAGCACCCACGACCGACAGGUGAGCGGAAGCCAUGCUUUAGUUCCGGAUGUUAUAUCGUCGGUGUUGCCAACUCAGGAGGGUGAUGGUAUUAGCAACCCGGAGGAAGGCCAGUCAUCCAAAGCAAUUGACGAGCCCCAGCCAACGCAGGCGGAGCAACGUGAAAACGACAUAACUGGCCAACACCAAUUCACAAGCCCUGCAUCACACACGAGCGGCAGCACAACCCAUGGCUUUGAAGGUGGUCAUCGCAAUGUUCAGUACCAGGAUGAUUCACAACGUCGUCAGAAUGUGACCGGUCCCACCCAUGUAGGAACCAAGGACGUGCAUCACAACAUUCCCGGCAGAACGGACUCUGAGAGCGAUCUGCAGCAGGGUACAAAGGGUGAGGAGAGGAAAGAGAUGACUGAAACACAGCACUUCGGCACCGAUGUCACUAUGCGUACCGACGACAGCGCAACACACGGCAUUGAAACAGCUCAGGAAACUGCCCAUCACGAGGACAAGCCUCAGGACCAUGGAUAUGCGUCUGAUCCCUCACAUGGCCACACCAACCCUCCGUAUCACAGCAUUGCCGGCCGGCAGGCUAAGGGCGACGUCCACUCGCACGCAGAGCAUGAGGGCAGCCACGAGCAGGAUGAUUCGAAGCGCACCGGUGCUGGCACUGGCACCGUUGUCAUGAUGAGUGCCGCUGGCAGCGCCAUGCUUGUAUUAGUAGCAGCCGCAGCAUACCGCCGUUACGCACCGAAUUCAAAUGAUGAAGUGGUAUCCGAGGAGAACGAAUUUUUGAGUGGCGUAAGUGGUGGCAAGACUGAGGAAGCGGAAACAUACAGAGUCGCCGACGCUAGCGACAAUAUUUGGGCGUGA